AUGUCAGGAAAAGUAAUCGAAGACUAUACAUUACAUGAAGUUUUAGGAUCAGGCCAAUACGGUAAAGUAUACAAAGCAUUAAAUGUGCGUACAAACAACCUAGUAGCAAUAAAAGUAGUGAAAGUAGAAAAAUUUAAAGAAGUUCCAAAACUUGAAGAAUUCACAAUGAAUGAAAUCUAGACAUUAGCCCGAAUAAACAACCCUUACAUAGUAAAAUUUAUCGAAAUGUUAAAAACUAAAAACAACUAUUAUUUCGUGUAUGAAUAUUGUAAUGGAGGUACAUUAGAAGAUGUAAUAAAUACCCAAAAAUAUCUUCCCGAACAUGAAGCAUUGAAAAUUUUUAAAUAAUUAGUAGCCGCUUUUACAUCAAUUGUGAAAAAUAAUAUCAUGCACAGAGAUAUCAAACCAGCCAAUAUACUCUUACAUAAUGGAUAGGUUAAACUAGCUGAUUUUGGAUUUUGUAAAGGACUAGCUCAUCCUUAAGAUAUGUCCUCUACUAUGGUAGGCUCUCCUAUAUAUAUGGCGCCUGAGAUACUUACUGGACAUGAUUAUUCAAUUAAAGCUGAUAUAUGGUCUUUAGGAUGUGUAUUAUAUGAAAUGUUGUAUGGAGAAUGCCCUUAUGAAGAGGCUACUAUUGCAAAACUUAUUAGUGCAGUUGAAGGGAAGGACAUUUAAUAUCCGACUAGAUUUGGGGUUAGUUAGAGGACUGUUUCUUUACUCAAAGAUAUUCUAGUAAAGGAUCCUGUGAAAAGAAUUGAAUGGGAAGAUCUUUUUAAAAGGGAAUUGUCAAAAACUGAUCUUUAGGAUAUUUAAAUCUUUUAAGUACUUGAAUAAAAAGAUCCGGCCAAUAAAUAAGGAGUGUCACUUGAAUAAGAAAAAUAAAAGGCUUCAAAAUCAUUCAAGUAUAUUUUGAAUGAAAGAAAUAAAAUAUUGUUCUUAUAUAAGGUUCUAGAAGAAAUACUUGAACUAAAUUUCGAUUCAGAAACGCCUAUAUAUUCAUUCCUAUUUAUGAAAUAAGUAUAUGUCGAGGCUCUAUUUAUACAUAAAAAUUUAGUUGAAACUUUUAAUAUUUAAGCUUUUGCUAAUUUAAGAAAUAAAUUUGAAUAUUGGAAUAGUGUACCUUAAACUUUUGAAUAUAAAAGUUUUUGCAAAUUAAUGGAAAAAGAACUUGAUAAUUCUAAAAAAAUUGUUGUCUCUUUUAAAGAUGAGGCUUAAAAAUACGUUAAAAAUUCUAUGUAUUCUAAUGAUUAUGAUGUUCAAAAAGAAAUAGAUAAUACAUAUGAAUUAAAUAAUCAUACUUUUAGAAGACUAGUUUUAAGAUAUAUUGAAGAUAUUAAAACAAAGUAUUUUAAUAAGUUUUUAGAUCCUUAAAUGGAUGAUUCAAUGAAAUGGCUUAUUCAUAUUCAUAAAACUUUAGAUGCUCUUUUAUUAGAUGAAUUUUUCGAAAAUUUUAUUUAGGUAGAUGUUACUGAUUUUGAAUAACAAAAUUAUUUUACAACUUUUAAAACUUAUUAAAAAAGUGACCUUUUUACUGUUGUUUCUAAUAAAAUUAAUUAUACUAGAAAUAAACUAGGAUUUUGA